AACUGGUAUAAGCAGCAGCGUUGGGGUGUGUAUGUCUGUGUGUGUGUGUGACAGUUUAUAAAGUGUAAAUAGUAACAGCAGUGUUGGUGUGUGUGUGUGAUGUUUUGGUUCACCUGAAAAUGACAUUGCAUGUUUAUUAACAUUUUAUUUGAUAUUUUAUGUAAAUGACUUUUCUCUUUUAAAUAAACAGAGUAAACAGAGUAUAUGACGGUAAUAAACACACUGAAACACACUGAAACAGAGAGUGAAGACCGAGCCCCGGUGUAGUGGAGAGAUCCGGACAGGCCGCGGUUUGACGCUCCAGUGUAACGUCUGCUUUUUCUCUCGCAAUACAAAAUAUUUUGUAACACCACCAAAUGUGGAAAGAGGGUAAAUACUAAUGCACAGUGCGUUAUGUAUUUAAUAUUAUCCUCAAAUGACAUUCCAUAGAGUUCUUGAGUGUAUUUAUUUUGGGUUACAGAAUCACACAAAAAUGUGCUUAAGUUCAGAAAUAUUUAUUACACUGUUAGCUAAUACACAAGGUUGUGGGUUUGAAUCCCACCUCCGCCCUCUGUGUGUGUGUGUGUCUGUGUGUGUGUGUGUGUGUGUGUGGGCGGGCGAGUGUGUUCUGAAUCGUGGUGCAAGGUCAUUAGUGCCACCUCACUGGUUCUGCUCCAUAGUUUUCAUUCUUCUUAGAGACGUGACGUUCCUCUGUCUGCAUCUUAAACAUGAAAGGACAAAUGCCUGGAACAUUAUGCAACACACACACACACACACACACACGCCCUGACACCAGGUGGCUAUAAAAGCAGCUGCCGGUGUGUGUGUGUGUGUGUGUGUGUGUGAGAGCGUGAGACACAGCGAGACGCUGCUCUGACAUGAACCUCAUCCUGCUCUCCUCUCUGCUCUGCCUCGCGUGCAGUGUGCUCAUCUCUUUAGCUUCACCUGCCACUCACGCCUCUGAGAUGAGUCAUAUGACUGUGAUGUCAGCUUCAGGGGAGGGGCUUCAGAGUGCACUUGGGGAGGAGCCAGAAUCUGAGGACGGACCUUCAGGACUGUUUACAGGGCCGCCCUUAGGCAAAGGUCGAGGCGGCCGCAAGAAACACGGUGGGAAAAAGAGGAAUAAGGCCCAAGUGAGUGUGAGACAGAGGAACAGUACACCUGCACAGAAUCUCAGCUACAGCCCCUCCCACAGUACCUCCCAUAGCUCCUCCCAUAGCACCAACCACAGCUCCGCCCCUGAUCCCUGUAGCACCUCCCACAGAGAGUACUGCAUCCACGGCUACUGCACCUACUUACAGGACCUGAAAGAGCCCAUCUGUGUGUGUAUGAAGGGGUACGAUGGUAUGCGAUGUGGUAUCCAGCUGCUGCAGACUGGUUCUAUGGGGCGGGAUGAUCACCAUGACGACACACUGCACAUCACACUCAUCACCAUCACAGUCGUCCUGUCAAUCAUCAGCUGCUCCGCCCUCCUACUCAUCAUCUAUGUGCAUUACAGAGCUCAGCACAGUUUCCAGGCAGCGUUACUCAGUGCUGCUGAUGAAGGUGACAAACUUCAGAACAACAGCGCAGUGUGACAGAGCGCCCCCUGCAGACACAACAGAAUCAGCAGAGCGUGCAUGGACAGACAGCCUUGAAGAAACACGCUACACGCUUCACCCUUAAUAUUUAUUUAUUUAUUGGAAAUGUAUUUUAUAUUUGAAUAUUUUCACAGAGUGUGAUGUAGAAUAUUGUUAUCUGAUGAUGAAGAUGAAGAUGAUGAUGAUGAUGAGGAUGAUGAUUGUUCCUCACUCUCACCUCUUUCAUGCAUCACUUCCUGUUAAGUGCUUACAUGCAGUGUGUGAGGUCUGUUCUUCACUAAAGCCAGACUGUAGACAGUGUGUGACAUUUAGAUGAGUUGUUUAUUGCUGUUUAAAGGUGCAGUGUGUAAUGUUUAGCUCCCUCUGCUGCCUGAGAGGAGAACUGCAAUUAAACUACACAUGCCUAGAGUUUAUAACAGAAAGGGGGUGUGGCUAAUUUCAGGAGCAGAAUACCAUAAACAGAAUCCUUAUUACAGGUGGAAAAACCUUUACAAACUGCACCUUUACACUGCGUGGCUCACACUGCUGUUCAACCCCAUAAUCAACUCUGAUAUCUAUAAACAUUUCAGUUUCAGUCAUGCUCUGAUUUUUAAUGCUCAUUCUGAUGCUAGGCUAAAGGUGUCGCUCAUUUGCUAGUAAUAAACGCAGUAUGGUUGUGUAACCACGGUAACCAGUCGCUGUGUAGAGCCCCAAUAAAAGUAUUAAAAAUGUCACAAACCGAUGACCUGAAACGUUUUAUGUCUGAGUCUGAGGCCGUUAGUGACCGAAUGUUAUCUGAAUGGUGAUGUGUUCAGAUUAAUGAAGUGCACAUAAACACAUUAAUCAGAUUACUGUCAAAUCAGACUAUUUUAUAAACACUGCUGAUUAUUAGGAAUGGCCACACCCAUGAUGAUGUCACAGUGCAAGGGGGAAAGGGGGCAUGGCAACAGUAAUGCAGGUCAAAGGUUUUACUCUUUUUAUUUCCUGUUUGUUACCACUGAGGUUCUGGAAACUUCUUGAAGGAAAACAGUUCCUGUAUGAGUUCCUGAACUGUGAUUGUUAUGGGGAAUAACAGAAGUGAUUAUUUGUGAUAUUUGUGUAGUGUGAAUAUGACGUUAAUAUUAACACCACUUUUUAAACCAAUUUUAAACUUUACAUUCCGAGUUCGUGUCUUGACAUACUGUACACACACACACACACACACACACACACACACACACACACACACACCAUGUUUCUGACUUGACAUGCAUGUAAAUAU